AUGAAGUGUUUUGAGAGGCUAGUCUCUCAGCCCAUCAGAGACUGCCUCCCUCCCUCCUUCGACCCCCACCAGUUUGCUUAUAGAGCGAACCGAUCUACGGAGGACGCCAUCGCCAUAACACUUCACAGAGCGCUGAGUCAUCUGGAGAACCGAAAGAGUUAUUUCGCGGACGACACCACCGUGGUUGGUCUCAUCUCCGAUGGGGAUGAGAUGGCAUACAGGGAGAUAGAGAAACUUGACAGAGACAAGACUUUGAAGGAACUGAAGGAAUUCAAGCCCGGAAACCCAAAGGUGGAAAGAGUGAGAAUCCUCCUGCAUGGACCAGUUGGUGCUGGGAAGUCCAGUAUAAUCAACUCCAUCAAUAACAUCUUUCAAGGACAUAUAACAAGUGAAGCUCUGGCUGAUGCCACUGGGGGACACAGUUUCACCAAAACAUACAAGACACACUACACAAGGGAUCCAAGCAAUCCUACAUACAAGUACGCGUUUGUCUUCAAUGACACCAUGGGCCUGGAAGUGGACAAAGAUAAAGGAAUGCCCCCAGAGGACAUCCUUCUCGCCCUGAAAGGCCGUGUGAAAGAAGGCUACACGUUCAACCCCGUCUCCCCUUUGUCAGAGAACGGUCCAUACUACAAUAAGGACCCCAGCCUGGGAGACAAAGUUCACUGCCUGGUCACAGUGUUGCCAAUAGAUACACUGUCCCUCAUGCCAAAGGAAUUUUUCAGCAAACUGAGAAAGAUUCGGCUGAAUGCCAGCGACAUGGGGAUUCCUCAGGUGGUUAUUUUAACCAAGGUGGACGAGGCUUGUCAGAUGGUGAAGAAAGACAUCAAAAAGGUGUACACAAGCAAAUACAUAAAAAAGCAGAUGGAGACGUGCAAUGCUCAGCUGGGUAUACCAAUGAACUGCAUCUUUCCUGUGAAGAACUACCACAAAGAAAUUUAUGUGAACAAUGAAAUUGAUGAGCUGUUGCUGAAAGCCCUGAAGCACAUGAUUAACUUUGCAAAUGACUAUGUGAUGGCAGUGGCUGAUAAAGCACAUUGA